GCAGACAGAACUCAGAGCAGUCACCGCUACAGAGACCAAGAGGGAAGUUUUACUGACCCACUGCGGAAAACUAGACCACAGUCACUGCACUGAAUACCACAAGCUCAGCAUCAUGCUGGAUACAGAGGGACACUGGUCUGAGGCUCUGGCUAGCAACAACAUAAAAGCCAUCAUCUGCUGGUUGAGGAAGCUUACAGCUGAAGGUGAUGCUGAUGUGGGGGAAAUUAUACAUCCAUUUAGCUGCUGGGUACAGCAGACGGCAGAGUUUGCUAAGAAGGAGUUAGUAACCUUAUGCUUCAGCCGCUGUCAGGGUCAGUGGAUGUUCCUGGACCGGAGCUCCUUCACCAGAGUGCACAUGUUGCUCCAGAGAUUAAGGAACCUGCUCACACUGGCCCAGUGGGGAAGAAAGCAGCUCUGUUCAGCCCACCUCUGGCACGGUGUGGGGGUCCCGUGUAUGGUCUGCAAGGAUACAUGCAGCUCCUCAGACAUCCGACACGGCUGCUGGAACAGAGAGCACAGGACUCUAAAGCAACACAUCUGGCUGGGACAGCUGGUUCAGUGGUGGGGCAUGAUGGGGCUUCUGCCCAAGUUUCCUGAUACCCAAGAAAUGAAGCGUAUCGCUCAGAUGUGGAAGGAAAUGGAUCACAGCCACAGGAAAGCUUGUCUUGAAACACCUGGAUGGGAGGAGGGAGAAAUGGGAAGAUUCAGCUCUUUGAUACAGAGCAUGGUGACACAGCUAGGCAGACAACAUGGCUGCAUUUGGAUGUCUGAAGAUUGCACAGACCCACAUUAUCCGCCCCCUAAUCUGCAGGCACUGCUGAAGCUCAUGCUGAUCCCUCAUAUUGACAACAUGUCAGUCCAGGCCAUUCUCAUGUACUUCAUCCUGGAUGUGGCAAAUUUCCUGCAGUGCAAAGAUGACCUCCUUCAGUCUUUUUGUCAUGCCUUCACAAUUCCAUCUGCCUUUUCCCAACAAAUCAGAGCCUUCUGGAUGUUUGAUCAUGGACACAUUAAGGCCUCCAUGGAGCUAUUACUGAGCCCAAAGGCCUCUGUUCCCACGCUCCCCUGGCAGCAUCGUUGCAUCAUCCAUUGUCUCCUGACAAGGAAACAGCCCCGAGAGGCAUUAAGGUAUCUCCAGUGGACCAGGCCUGCAGUAGAGACCACUGACGAUGCCAAGCUCUUUGCAGAUGUUCUUAUUCAAAGCAGCUGUGAUUCUGAUGCCCGGGCUAUGUUGAAGAGCGGCCACACACAAAGUGAAGACACGAUCAAGCACUUCCUCCAGACUUGUAAAGGAGCUAGUCUGUGCACAGAGGCUUUGAAGUACAUUCCUGUGGGAUACAAUCGUGAAGAAGAUGGGGCUGACACCACAGAGUUAAAACUGAUGAAGAAAGAAAUGCCACCCUGUCCACUGUCUGCUAAGCUGUACCAGGUUCAGAAAGUUGGCACAGUAUCAAAGGAAGAACAAGUCAAAUUGGUCAGAAAGGCUGUGAAGGAAGUGAGCAAACCACAUCCCAAGUUAAGGGCGAUAGUGUGGCCAGAGCACACAGAGAGAAAGCCUGGCAGCAGGCAAAGGUUUCUGUUCAGCGAGGCUCUACAAUGUCUCACACACAGCCCUUACCCUGUGGACAUGGCCGAAGAAACACAGCAAACAGCAUAUGCAGCUGACCCAGAUGAGGAACAUCCUGUGAUUUAUAACCAGCAGCAGCCUGAGACUCAAGAGAACGUUUUUUCUUCUUCUGAGGAUCUGUCUGCCUCAUCCUCUACCUCAGCCUUACCCUUCUCUCUAUUGAAACGGGACCCCCUUCAUGUGUAUAAAAGCACGCUGACUCUGCAGAGGAUUUCCUCUCUGCUGAAUGAUGAAGGCAACCAAAGGAGGGAAGAGAAAGAAGAAGAAGAAGAGCGCAGAACCCACUCAUCAACCAACGUCUUCCGAAAUAUCCCUGAGCUGGUGCUGACACCAGAUGGCGCCACAGAACCUAUUUCCUUCAGCAGCUUGAACAAAGACAGCAUGGUGGAGCUGAUGCUUUCUGCAGAUGGGGGAGAAGAUGCUGAAGAAGAUGUUUUUCUGGGAGAAGAUAUGGUUGACGGGCUUUCAGGACCUUCCACAUAUGAAAACCUUCUUUCAGACACAAGUUUCUCUGAGAUACCCACAGCUCAUUGUGUCCAGGCAAAGAAACUUCAUCAGCAAGAGGAACCACAGGGAUGCUCCAGCCAAGACCUCCCUUGUAUCCCAUCUGAAACCACCCAUGACGGGCUGACAGAUCUUCAUCAGAGCCUUGUUUUUGAUCAGUCUUUACUCUGUGGCUCAUCAGGGAUAGAUAACAAGAUACCUUCUCUUGUACUAGGUCAGCCUUAUAUCUACGGCCUGGUCAACUUUAUGGCCUUCACUGCAAAGCAGAAAGGAGACAACAGAGAUGGAAAACAGGCAGAGAAAGAUGAGCCUGCCGGUUGGAAUAGUUUGGGGAAGGUUUCACAAGGAGCCAUAAGAAGUGGAAGAGCAGGAUCCAGAAAGGGCAAACGAGUGAAAAGAAGAUGAUCAUCUGCAAGACGCAAGACAAAGAACAGCCUUUUAUGUGAUGCAUCUUAAAUAAAUUUUGAAUUAAAAACCUAAA